AUGGGGAGCAACGGAUUGAGGUACGAGAUCGCACAAAACGCUUACAUCAAACUCGUGCUUCACUCCCUCAAACACCCAACCUCCGCCGUCAACGGCAUCUUGAUCGGUCGCAUCUCCCCUUCCAACGACGUCGUCGAGAUCGCGGAUUCCGUCCCUCUCUUCCACUCUCACAUCCCUCUUCUUCCCCAAUUGGAGAUAUCUCUCAUUCUGAUAGAGGAAUAUUUUUCUGCGAAAGGGUUGAACAUAGUGGGCUAUUUUCACGCGAAUGAGAGAUCUGAUGACAGUGAGCUUGGUGGUGUGGCGAAGAAUAUUGGUGACCACAUAUGCCGCUACUUUCCCCAAGCAGGCGUUCUAUUGUUAGAUAAUAAGAAGCUUGAUGCUUUGAAAAAGAGCAAGGAACGUAGUGCCAUAAUGCAGCUUUAUGUUAGGGAUACAUCUAAGAACUGGAAGUUGGUUCCGUCAGAUGCGAACAACCGAUUCUCUCUCAAAGAGCCAUCAGCAAAUGUAGUCUUAUUGGACUAUAUUGCAUCUGAGAAGUGGAAUGGAAUUGUAGACUUUGAUGAUCAUCUGGAUGACAUUAGCAAGGAUUGGCUAAACCCAGGUCUCUUCAACUGA